AUGUCUCCAUCAAUAUCGACUUUUAUGAAAUGCCCGAUAUUCCCUUACACUUGCGGACUGUCACCUGAAACUCCUUCUUACCAUUCAACUGUCAAAAUCCCACGAAAAUCCAUACUUCUCGUACAGAAAAAGGAAAGAACGACGGCAGAUAGUGCCGGCUCCAUUGGGGAAUAUUAUGCAGUUUGUAUUUUUAAUUUAUAUCAUCAGCGAACUGUAGACCCACAGAAAUUCGUGCUUCCUACACAUUUCUCUAUAACAAGAAAAAAUCGGCAUUUGUUUAAAUUCCAAUUUACUUUAAAAGAUCCUCUAACGAGUUCACUACCACCACGUCGUUCUUUCAAAGCCUUCAAGGGAAGUUCAUGA